AUGAGUCAAACAGUUAAAAAUUCUCCAUCUUUUACCAAUGUACCGACUUUGAAACACCAAAGUAGUACCAAUCUAACAAGUCCGAAAAAGUUAAAGAAAGUUAAUAGUUUUUUCAAAAAAGCUUCAGCAGAGUUCAAUUUAUUCUUAUUGAGAAUAAAGUCAUUGGGGGACGAGGUCUUCAGUGAGAAUCAAGUUAUUAGUGAAUUAUUCAUAGAAACUGAUAACGACUCAGUAUUGGAUAGAUUAGAUAGACAUUCUAAAGGUUAUUCAAUAAUAGAAGAAAGAUUCUUAUCAGAAUAUAAAAAACAUAAGACAUUAGAUAAGAUGUAUGAAAAUUUUCAACAUCGGACAAAUAAUGAAGAAGACCUUAAAUCUUCAAGUACAGCAUUUUCAGAAAAUCAACUUCGUUUUGAUUUAAAAGAUGUUAUACGACAAACAAAUUCAACCAAUGGAACUACUCUUGGAUCUCCAUUAAUCAAUGAGACCAUGGGUGAUGAAGAUGAUGAGGUUGAUGAAGAUGAUGAUAUUGAUCAAAUAGAUAGUGACCAACCUCCCAAUAAAGAAAAAGAGAUCAAUUUCGAUAAAAUGGAAAAUAAGAAUGGCUUUAGUGAUGUUGAUUUCAUUGAACUUCGUAAGUAUCUUGAAAAGGAAAAAUUUCAAGAAUUGAAAAAUGAAAAUAUCGGUGAGAUCUUAUGGGAAUAUAGAAGAAACCAAUGGACAACUGGUAAUGUAGAUCAAUCAAAAAUCGCCGCAUCAAGAUUAUUUUUUGAUCAAAUCCCUAAAGAUUCUUACGUAAAGGUUUACAAUAAUUUGGUCGAUAAGGGAAGAUCUUUGAGACCUGAUAGGAGAAUAAACUUGUUUGAUUUGAUGAAAGUUAUCAAUGCAGGUUGGGUAGCAGAAGAGAAAUGGGAAAGAGCUGCUAAGGGUUUAGCAUGA